UCUCUUGCUGCAGCAACCCGAGUGGGAGUACCUGGAGCACGAGCUCGGAACGAGAAUCCUCGAGUUGUAAGAAAAUGGCAGACAAGCCGGACAUGGGGGAAAUCGCCAGCUUCAAUAAGGCCAAGCUGAAGAAAACCGAGACGCAGGAGAAGAACACCCUGCCGACCAAAGAGACCAUUGAACAGGAAAACAGGAGUGAAAUCUCCUAAAAGCCUAGGAAGACUUCCCCACCCCACCCCUUCAUCUCCAAGACCCUCUUGUGAUGUGGAGGAAGAGCCACCUGCAAGAUGGACGCGAGCCACAAGCUGCACUGUGAACCCGGGCACUUCGCGCCGAUGCCACCGGCCCGUGGGUCUCUGAAGGGGACCCCCCACACACACACUAAUCGGACUGCCAAAUUUCACCGGUUUGCCCUGGGAUAUUAUAGAAAAUUAUUUGUAUGAUUGAUGAAAAUAAAACACACCUCGUGGCAAAAA